AUGCAAGAAUAUAAACUAGUUAUUGUUGGAGCUGCAUCUGUUGGUAAAUCUUCAUUGGUAAUACAAUUUACACACCAUCAUUUUAUAGAGAUGUAUGAUCCAACGAUAGAAGAUUCAUACAAGAAACAGGUUGUUAUAGAUGGAGAAACAUGUACGUUGGAUAUUUUAGAUACAGCUGGCCAAGAAGAGUACAGUGCAAUGAGAGAUCAGUACAUGAGAACUGGUGAAGGAUUUUUAUUAGUUUUUGCAUUAAAUUUGGAAGAAAGUUUUUAUGAAAUUGAAACGUUCAUUAAUCAAAUAAGAAGAGUUAAAGAUAGAGAUAAUGUACCAAUGGUAUUAGUUGGUAACAAGUCUGAUUUACAAAAACCAUGGGAUGUGGAUAUUAUAAAAGCAAAAGAACUUGCAUGUCAAUAUGGUUUUCCAUUUUUUGUAACAUCAGCUAAAACACGAUGUGGUGUUGAAGAUGCAUUUCACAAUUUGGUGAGAGAAAUACGAAAAGAAAAAGUCAAAAAUUGUCCAAAUAAUCGUAGAUCACUCCGAAAACGAUGUUCAAUUCUUUAA